GGCUUCUUGUAGGACUUGGGACGGGUUGCCUGGAAACCGCGGAAACGUUUAGGAGCAGCGAUGGAGAAGUAUGAGAAAAUCAAAGUAGUGGGAAGAGGAGCUUUCGGGAUCGUCCACUUGUGCCGCAGGCGCAGCGACGGGGCCUUCCUCAUCCUGAAGGAGAUCCCAGUGGAGCAGAUGUCACGAGAUGAACGCCUAGCAGCUCAAAACGAGUGUCAGGUCCUGAAACUGCUGAACCAUCCAAAUAUCAUAGAGUACUAUGAGAACUUCCUGGAAGACAAGGCUCUCAUGAUAGCUAUGGAGUAUGCUCCAGGCGGAACAUUGGCUGAUUACAUACAGAAGCGCUGUAACUCUCUGCUGGACGAGGAAACCAUUCUUCACUUCUUCGUCCAGAUCUUACUUGCCCUGUAUCAUGUCCACAACAAACUCAUCCUGCACAGAGACCUCAAGACGCAGAAUAUUCUUCUUGAUAAGCACCAGAUGAUCGUCAAGAUUGGUGAUUUUGGCAUCUCCAAAAUCCUUGUCAGCAAGAGCAAAGCUUACACGGUGGUUGGGACCCCGUGCUACAUCUCCCCUGAGCUGUGUGAGGGAAAGCCGUACAACCAGAAGAGCGACAUCUGGGCUUUGGGCUGUGUGCUGUAUGAGCUGGCAAGCCUGAAGAGGGCCUUCGAGGCUGCUAAUCUUCCAGCCCUCGUUCUGAAGAUCAUGAGUGGAACAUUUGCUCCAAUUUCAGACCGAUACAGCCCCGAACUUCGACAGCUCAUCCUCAAUAUGCUCAAUCUGGAUCCAUCCAAACGGCCUCAACUUAAUGAAAUAAUGGCUCUUCCCAUUUGCAUCAGGCCAUUACUCAACCUGUACACAGAUAUCGGCAAUGUCAAAAUGCGCAGGAUUGAGAAACCACUGUCUACUGUGCAAACUGGGCCUCAAGGUAGACCAGGAGGGAGAGUUCCUGCCGGCAGGUCCAGAGAUGGAUCGGUCGGUUUGGGAUCAGGAAAGGUGCACUCCCUCCCGCUGUCCUCAGUGUAUACGUGGGGAAGUGGAAUCUCAGCGCCUCUCCGCCUACCAAUGCUCAACACAGAGGUGCUCCAAGUGUCUCUUGGCCGCACUCAGAGGAUGGGGGUGACCAAGUCAGGGCGUCUGAUCACAUGGGAGGCUCCGUCAGUGGGUUCUGGUGAAGGCAGUCUACCUGGUGUAGUGGAGCAGAUGCAGCCUCAGUUCAUUUCACGUUUCCUGGAGGGUCAGUCCGGAGUCACCAUCAAGUCUGUGUCCUGUGGCGAUCUCUUCACCACUUGCAUGACAGACAGAGGAAUCAUCAUGACAUUUGGAAGUGGAAGCAAUGGCUGUCUGGGUCACGGUAACUUCAAUGAUGUAACUCAGCCUAAGAUAGUCGAGGCUCUCCUCGGCUAUGAGCUGGUUCAGGUGUCAUGUGGUGCUUCCCACGUUCUCGCUGUGACCAAUGAAAGAGAAGUAUUUGCCUGGGGAAGAGGAGACAAUGGUCGCCUCGGGCUCGGCACCCAAGACACCCACAACUCUCCCCAGCAGGUGUGUUUACCUGUGGAAUUUGAGGCACAGAGGGUUGUGUGUGGAGUUGACUGCUCCAUGAUUAUCAGCACUCAGCACAGCAUUUUGGCAUGUGGAAGCAACAGGUUCAACAAGCUCGGACUGGAUAAAAUAACAACUGGAGAGGAACCACAGUCCUCAAAUCAGGUGGAGGAAGUCCACUCUUACAUUCCUGUCCAGUCAGCCCCACUCAACAAGGAGAAGAUUAUUUACAUCGACAUUGGGACAGCACAUUCUGUUGCUGUUACAGAAAAGGGUCAGUGUUUCACCUUUGGCAGCAAUCAGCACGGCCAGAUGGGCUGCAGCUCGCGUCGUAGCAGCCGUGUGCCCUACCUGGUGCCGGGGCCGCAGAGCAUCAGCAUGGCCGCCUGUGGAGACGCUUUCACAUUAGCUAUUGGAUCUGACGGUGAGGUGUACACCUGGGGAAAGGGGGCCCGCGGCCGCCUCGGUAGGAAAGAGGAGGACUCUGGGAUACCGAAGGCGGUGCAGCUCGACGAGAGUCACCCGUUCACGGUGACAUCGGUGGCUUGUUGUCAUGGCAACACUUUGCUGGCAGUGAAACCCUUGCUUGAGGAGCCUGUGCCGAGAUGAUCUGGUCCUGAUAAAAAACAAACUCUCUCAGCAUUCAUCAUGAAGUCCGGCGGUGGUGUGAGGUGAAGGACAGCUUCCUCUGAAUAAGUCCUGCCAAAGGCCCAUCUGCGCUGCACUUCAAAGAUUCCCUUUCACACUGCAGCUGCGGCCUCACAUUUUCACUCUCUCUUCCUCUCUAGCUUUUUUUCUCUCCUCCUCCAGGAAUGAGUGUUUGUUUCCUUUAGUGGGUUGAUAUCAGAAGCACAGAAAAGAUCAAGAAAUGUGCGUUGCAGCAGGUGUAUUUCACAACAGGUGAGUUGAAGGAUUGCGGUUACUGAGGCAGGAUUACAGGAAGUCGUCAACAGGCAGCUUUCAUGUGGACAGCUAUUGUCCUCUCUCACGUGCAGGCUUAGCAUGAAAAAGGGCAGCAAAAGUCAGACUGGUUUGAGCUCCGCUAAGCCACUGAUGAAUGAGAUGAUACAAAGCAGAGAAAGAGAAGAAUGACAGCCACUCGAGAGUUUGGAAAGUCAUCAGUCAAGUGAAGCAAACAUGUUAAUCUUGAUCACAUCGUCAGUGGUCACAUUGUGCUUUAUUGGAUUAGUCCUCAAAUACAUUUGUAACUCAGCAGCAGAGUUCAAAACAGAUUGCUGCCUGUUGUUUGGAGCUCAACUGAACAAAGUAUUAGGACUUAAUGAGCGUUGUUGUGUCCGGAAUUACUCUCUCGUUCGCUCAUCCCUUUUUGUGUUAUAUGCACACAGCAGUGUGCACUAACAGCUAACCACAAAUCAAGGUUUAGGAUGUAUGAAUCAUGUACAGUGACAUAUAUUUAGUGUGACAAAUUGCAUGAUGGGAUUGUAAGGAGAAAGUAUGUUUACACAGGGUGACUCUUUCUUUUCAGAGGGGAGGGUGAGCAUCAACACUUUUUUCUGAGUCAUGCUGAGCUUUUUUUGGAACAGAUUGUGCCCUUUCUUCAUCCAUUUAUUUGUCAUAUGAGAGGUUUAUGAAGUUAUAUGAUUUGUUUUUACUAGGUCAUCGAUUAAUGAAACAGUUGAACUCAAUAUCUAUGGUACAAAACAUGAACACUAUUAGAUUUAAUCCUACAAUGCAACAUUUAAAGCACAGAUAAUGGUAGACAAUAAAUGAAGGGUCACUAGAGUGAGUCAUUUUCAGACACGUGUGUAUGUUCAUAGGUUAGUGUUUUAACUUCAUAAAAUGUGUAGAAAUGUGAUUUUUAACUUAUAUAAUGUCUAAUUAUAUUGUGUAAUCUGUAUUCAUGUGAAGGUGUAAUACUGCUGGAAAUAAGUUUGCUGAAGUGGUGGAAUAAGAACUCAUAUCAUACCUUUAAAGUACUUUAUAAUCUGUAAGAUUGCUUAAACUAUUAUAACACAUGGUAAUGUUUUAUAUGCAUAAUGAUAUUCUGAUGAUCUGCGUCUGCAAAAUGACAUACAGCUAAGGCUACCAAACUGAUACAGUGAAGUAAAGUGUAGCUAGCUACAUACUAAAGCUGCCUGUGCCUGUGGGUGAAAUCUUGUAUUUCAUUCAUUUUUAUUGUGUUUGAUGUUUUUAUAUUUCAUUUUCUUGAAUUUUGCUUUUCAUUCUUAAAUGUCAAAGCUCAAAAAUAAAUCAUGUUUUAGAGCUGUCACAUCCUGGGAUAACUCUGAGGUUAUCUGUGGUUUGACAGAGCAUAUGCUCAGUUUGGAGACUGUCAGAAUCAGUUGUAUGUGUUAUCUCCUGUACUUUAACACACACAGACACCAUUAAUGCUCAAAUGAACUUUGAAUCUACAUAAUUCUCCAGAGGUUGCAAAUGUAUUGUAUCAUUUUUAUCAUGACUUCGACCUUUUAACAAAAACAAAGCUGCACAUCUGCACCUGAAACUGUGUACAUGGCCUACAACAUAGUGAUGAUUACCAGUGCUAUAAUCUCCCAUCCCUGUUCCCCCCCACACAUUAAUCUGUAUCAUUUUCACAGAGCUGAUAUAAUCCGGUUUAAUUAAAAAACUAUUGUUUGCAUUUUCUGUAAUUUUGUUGAUUAACAUGCAAAUCAUCCAUUUCUCUGUAAGUUUGUUUAUAAUGACGCUUUAGUUCAGAUGUGUUCACACCUCUGGAGACGCAGAUCGUUCACCAUUGUUGUCCUGUGUGAUGAUGUAAUGAUGAUGUAAUCCGGUGGCAACACAGCAGGUGAAAAAUGAUCAGUGUUAGUGCUGGUGUGUAAGUUUGUGUGCUGUUUCACACUGUCAUAACAUUAUGUCAUAUUUUUUUUAAUUAUUUUUUAUUAUGAGUGUUAAAUCUAUAAACCAUGUUUUAUUUACUUUAACAUGUAACGGAAUAUUUUAACAUUUAAUUCAGACACAAUGUAUCAUAUUUCUGUAACUUGUGUGUGCGCUCCACCACCAGAGGGCGCAUGUCACCUCUGACUGGACUGUAUUCUGCAUUAUUAGGUCAUAUUUUUUAUUUAUUUGACUUAAAUAUUUGACUUAAAUACAAACCACUUCUCACUCUUUUUCUUA